GGCGCAGGCGCGUUGUUGAACUUCCAGCUCUGACUCCAGAGCUUCACUCAGUCCGGGCGGGAGGACGCGCGGAGUGGCCGGCGGGGACGCGCGCGGGAUUCGGGCAAGCGGGCGGGCGGGCGGGCGGGCGGGUCGGUGGCGGCGGAGGAGCGGGAGGCGCGAUGGCCGAGGGCAGCGCUGUGUCCGACCCUCAGCACGCCGCGCGCCUGCUGCGGGCGCUCAGCUCGUUCCGGGAGGAGGCGCGUUUCUGCGACGCGCACCUGGUCCUCGACGGCGAGGAGAUCCCGGUGCAGAAGAACAUCCUGGCGGCGGCCAGCCCGUACAUCAGGACAAAGUUAAACUAUAAUCCUCCAAAAGAUGACGGCUCUACUUAUAAGAUUGAACUUGAAGGGAUAUCGGUAACGAUUAUGAGAGAGAUCCUGGAUUACAUCUUCAGUGGGCAGAUCAGGUUGAACGAAGACACCAUCCAAGAUGUCGUGCAGGCAGCCGACCUGCUGCUGCUGACGGACCUCAAAACCCUGUGCUGUGAGUUCUUGGAGGGCUGCAUCGCGGCGGAGAACUGCAUCGGCAUCCGGGACUUUGCACUGCAUUACUGCCUGCACCACGUGCACUACCUGGCCACCGAGUACCUGGAGACCCACUUCCGAGACGUCAGCAGCACAGAGGAGUUCCUGGAGCUCAGUCCACAGAAACUCAAAGAAGUGAUCUCUCUUGAGAAGCUGAAUGUUGGCAACGAAAGAUACGUGUUUGAGGCCGUGAUUCGGUGGAUAGCACAUGAUGUAGAGAUGAGAAAGGUCCACAUGAAGGAUGUCAUGUCGGCACUGUGGGUUUCAGGGCUGGAUUCCAGCUACCUGCGGGAGCAGAUGCUAAAUGAACCCUUGGUACGAGAAAUUGUCAAGGAGUGCAGCAACAUCCCCCUCAGCCAGCCGCAGCAGGGGGAGGCCAUGCUGGCCAGCUUCAAGCCCAGGGGCUACUCAGAGUGCAUAGUGACCAUUGGAGGAGAGGAAAGAGUUUCACGGAAACCCACGGCGGCCAUGCGGUGUAUGUGCCCUCUCUACGACCCCAAUCGGCAGCUGUGGAUUGAACUGGCUCCUCUGAGCAUGCCAAGAAUUAACCAUGGAGUGCUUUCAGCAGAAGGAUUUCUGUUUGUGUUGGGGGGCCAAGAUGAAAACAAGCAGACACUGAGCUCAGGAGAGAAGUAUGACCCAGAUGCCAACACGUGGACUGCACUCCCACCCAUGAACGAGGCCAGGCACAACUUUGGGAUUGUGGAGAUUGAUGGAAUGCUCUACAUUCUCGGAGGGGAGGACGGUGACCGCGAGCUGAUUUCCAUGGAGUGUUACGAUAUUUAUUCAAAAACCUGGACGAAGCAACCUGACCUGACCAUGGUUAGGAAGAUUGGCUGCUAUGCAGCUAUGAAAAAGAAAAUCUAUGCCAUGGGCGGAGGCUCCUAUGGGAAGCUGUUCGAGUCUGUGGAGUGCUACGAUCCACGGACCCAGCAGUGGACUGCCAUAUGCCCACUGAAAGAGAGGAGGUUUGGAGCAGUGGCCUGUGGUGUUGCCAUGGAGCUGUAUGUAUUUGGAGGCGUCCGAAGUCGAGAGGACAUCCAGGGCAGCGAGAUGGUCACCUGCAAGUCUGAGUUCUAUCAUGACGAGUUUAAGAGGUGGAUCUACCUUAACGAUCAGAACCUGUGCAUUCCAGCCAGUUCCUCCUUUGUCUAUGGAGCAGUCCCCAUAGGAGCCAGUAUUUAUGUUAUCGGAGACCUUGACACAGGUACCAACUAUGACUACGUGCGGGAGUUUAAGAGAAGCACAGGCACCUGGCACCACACGAAGCCACUCCUGCCAUCUGACCUCCGUCGCACAGGCUGUGCAGCCCUGCGCAUAGCCAACUGCAAGCUCUUCCGCCUGCAGCUGCAGCAAGGCUUGUUCCGCAUCCGGGUCCAUUCCCCUUGAGGAGGAAGAGGAGCCAAAAGUGAGAUCCUGCCCCAAGCGCAUCACGUGGCUGGACGGCAGCAAGCGCAGAGAAGCAGCCCCAUCUUGCUGUGUGCUGGGCUUCAGUAUGGUUACUCUUUGGUGGUUUUUUAAUGCUCAGGCUUCUGCCCUUGUCUGGAGACCGUGUACUGUUGAAAAACUACCUGGGAGGAAUCAGUUCCUCCAGCCUGAUGCGUCCGUAACCAAGGCAAGCGAAUGUCCUAAGAGGAGGGUGUGGGGUUGGUGUCGUGUGAAAUAUGAAAGUUAAAACCCUGAGGUGCAUUUUCCCAGAGGGAACUCUUACCUGACUGACUGCCGAGUUCCAGUGUGUGUGGCUGUGGUAAACAAAACAGCGGAAUCUGAAUAUGCAAGCCAACAUACGAGGCAUAUAAGGUGGUUCUUGCAUUGCGUGUGGAGGGGAGGAUGCCUAGCUCCACCCAGAAAUUGAGGUUUGUGCAGUUACUUUCCACUCAUUACUAGUGCUCUGUCUUCAGCCUCUUAAAAACUAUAUUCUGAUGAAUUGAAACUGAGACUAAACUAUCUGGCAACAGUCUACCUUAGUCAAGAUCCAGUCACCCAAGGAGCUCAAGUUGGAAGGCUCCGUGUGAGCUUAAAGGAGCUGCUCACUGUAAAAGAUCCUGGGCCAGGCCGAGAGAGUUCUGGGUGGUGCUGUGAGAGCGGAGGGAGUUCAGUCAUACUGUUCUUCCUUUCCACCUGGAAAAGCAAAACCAUUUCUACGCCCCGGGCUGUCAGUGCAGAGGGGACUUUAGACAGAGUCAGGCAAAUGUGCGUUCUGCUGUGACUAAAAUCAAUGAAGCAUUACCAAGCAAAGCUGUCGAGAUAACGUGUAUAGGGAUCAAAAGGUCUUCAUCCCACCUGUCCGAAAGCACACUCAGACCUGGUCACUGCUGCUCAGAGCCUUGCCUUUGAGUGCGGGUGUGCACAGAGUUGUCUUUGUGACAGGCCCUCCCAGAGCUAGGAGUUUAGAUGACUUGUGUUCCCAGUAAUGUUUGGCUGGUAGAAUAAACUACCUCAACUUAGUUUUAUUCUGUUCCCAUUAGUACCCUUCCCCUCCCCUUCCUCAUCACCCUCCGGCUCACUUCCCAUUAGUAAAAACAAUUCUUUAGUUAGUGGAAUUUAUCUAGUAAGAUAUUUUGUUUUCCAUUGAGAUUAUGGCACCUUGGUGUGAAAUGAGGGACUCGGUUAUUUCAUAGUGUGCAAUAUCAAGUUUCCAGUCAACCUGAUAGAGAGUUCCUCAUUUCUAACUGUUUUCUUCAAUUGCUUUCACCUACGACUGUAAGAGGCAACAUUGUGUCUUAGUGAUCGCUAAGUGUCUAAGUGCAUCCUUUGGUUAAAUUAGAGAACAGGAAUUUCUUUCAGAAACUUCCUACCUGAGCUGUUUAUAUGCAAUUAAAGUGCAUAGAAGACAUCAAUCCUAUUUUCCUAAAAGGGUGGUCCUCUGCAGGAUUCUCGGACACCUGCUGGGAGCCAUCAGCACUAAGAGAUUGCUAAGGAGAGCUAAGGGUGGUGGGAGGGGAGAGGGUGGUGGAAAAGGGGCUGGGACCCCCGCUUCCUAACUGCUAUGGCCAGAAGCAACUUGGCAAGAGAAAGUCUAAGGUUUUUUCCUUUGCUGUAGGCCAGACGUGCCACACAUUUAUGCUAUCCAGGGAAUUGGGUGUCAGUCAAAGCCAGCCUCGGACUAGGAUGGCAUGUUUCCAUCAAAGAAGCUGCCGCAGAGAAGCGCUCGCUCUCUGCUGUUGCCGAGAUGGAGAGAAAUUGCCAAAAAGGGCAAGUUGACUUUGGUGAAACCUCUGCUCAGGACAGAGUCAUGGCCAGACAGACAGAGAGCGACUGACAUCCAGACAGCUGUGGUAACUGCUCUGUUUUGGUUGAUGUUUGUUUGUUUGUUUGUUUGUUUGUUUGUUUGUUUGUUUGUUUUUAACUUCUGAAAUUUAAAAUUCUCCUCAGUCUGCUUCAGGCCUCUCCAAGGAGACAGUUCCUUGUCUAGCGUGGCAGAUGACAGCAGUGUCGCCAGUGCCUAGUGACUUGGUCAGUUCACUUUAAAAAAAACAAACAAACAAAAAAACCACAAACAAACAAAAAACAAAACAGGUUUUUAGUUCAGUUAAUUGACACGGUAGCUGCAGAAAUUAAUGUUUUAUAAAGUAAAUUUGCAACUUAAUAUGGGAUGCAAUAUCAACAAAAGCUGCUAAGUGCCAAACUAUUAUUCUAUUAUUUUGUGUGUGUGUGUGUGUGCGUGUGUGUGCGUGUGUGUGUGUGCGUGUAUAAGAUGAUCUUGUUGAAGAGUAGGGCUAUAUUUAAUUUGAUUUCGAUGUUUCAAAGGCAGUCACACCUCUUCAUAGCUCUUCUCUCAGCGUUGUGAAGUAGCUUGUAGCUCCUUCCGUGCAGGCUUGCGUUACUACCCAACUUGUGUCUCAGCAUCGGGGUGGUCCUUCCCUCCUCUCUAAGGCACUUUGACUGAUGUAUGCUCUUGCAUUUGGCAACUGAGGCUAGAUCUGAAAUUCUGAGACACAAACGUCUUUGGGGGAAGUGCAGUUUAUUUACUGGAAGGCCGUCUCUUAGACCACAGUAGGCAAAGCAAGGUACUCUCCUGAGCUGGGGUGUGAAGUAGGCCUGUUGCUUGCUUGUUUGCUUUUUUGUUUUUCUAACAUAUCAAAACACAGAUUUUUUUUUCAAAGAUUUAAGUGCUUAAUUUGAAAUGAAGUGGUUUGGUUUUUUGGUUUGGUUUUUUUUUUCUUAUCUCGGAGUGCUUGUGUUGUAUGAGGAGAGAAAGUAUGACGGGAGAGUGAAUGUGUGUAUGCAUGCUGUGCCGUGUGACUUGAAAGUCCGUCUGUGUAUGUUUACCUUUGAAUCGUAGUCACAAGCUACAUGCACUACUGUCUCCUGGUGCUUCAGAUAAGCCCUUGACUCUGCCGGCCUUCAGUCGCGCAGCCGUGUCAAACACACGCGGCGUGUACAUGUCAGUUUUGCGAGGCUGCAUCUCUCUUCCUUAGGAGGAUUUUUAAAAUGUAUUUACCAGCUAGCCGUUGGUUCUGGAAAGGGCUGGUCUAGGGCUGAGCAUGACUGCUCAGAGGAGUUACGGCUCCGGCUGGACUCUUCACAGGAUCCAGCAAGUAGAAGACCUGGGGUUGUGUCUGACCCCUGACCCCUGUUUAUGCUGCAGCAGAUGUUUUGUUCCGUCGCUCUGAGCAUUGCUGGCGAGGCUACUGUGAUGGCUCUGGGCUCAAAGGUGUCAUUAUAUUCUUUAUAAGUGGGCAGAGGCCACCCCUAACACAUUCUUUCUAUGGAGGUGGAAGUAGAGCUGUUCUUGCUGUGGUGCCUCAGGGUCUGAAGGGCCACCUGUCAGGUGUCUGGGGAAGCAGCUAGCACCUCUUGAGGGCUCUGCUUAGCCCAGGACACUACACCCGGGGUCCCAGAAGCCCUCCAGCUUUCCCGAUUGCACAGCCCUCCUGUGGCCAGUUGGAUGCUCCGGGAAGGAGUGAGGUGGCUUUCACUGUAUGAACCUAGAGGCCCAGAACUGCCUGGGAAAUGCCUGCUGAAGGGAGAAUCAAGGCGUCUUUGUUACACGUGACUCCCCUUUAGCUGAGAGCACUGAGGAAGCCAGUGAUUGGUGAGGCAUGACAGUGCCUGUCCCGGAGCACGCAGCAAAUACUGAGCAGCUCCCAAGAAUGGCGCCCGCUCGUGUUUCUGGGAACCUUACCGGAAGCAGGUGGGACUCAGCCCUCCCUGUCUGGCUUAUGAAGUCACUGGAGCUUGAGUGAGGACUCUGUCUGUGGGAGUUGAUCGGGGUUUGCAAGCAGGUACUGAGUCGUGGUACCUCAGCCUUCAUCUCGAUACUUUGCAUUAGGCAGAGAAUGUCCUCACCAGUCCUGCUGGGUUCUAAAUGACACGUUGUGUGUGUUGGUGGGCUGGCCCAUGGAGCAGGCAAUGAGGACAGAAUCAAAAAUGCCAAGUGCCUGGUGUACCCAGCACAUACCUGUGGCUCCAGGUGCUUCUGUAGGACAGUGAAGACCCGUGCGUGCACCCUCAUAAUGACCAUCAUGCUAAUGUUAGGUUGACUGCUGCAUCGAAUGAGCUCAGAAUCUUUUCCAGAACUUUCUGCUUUGAUCCUCUCACGUUUGAGGAAGGUGCGGAUGCUCUUUCCUCUUCCUACAAGGAACACUCAGAUGUGAGCCAAAUGCAGAAGCCAGGCCUUUGGGCUUCCCAGGGGUAGUCUGGCCGAUUCAACAGACUUGAUUUUUUUUCUUGGCACGCAGGUGUUUUUAUUUCUAAAAAGGAUGCAUCACUUGUAUGGUUUCAGCUUCCAGGCCAAGCCCUGGCAGCUGAAGAAACUGGACGGCCUUUGCUUCUCACGGCAGUUAGUCGGAAGUCUCAGGCUCUACUGUCUUCUAGAAGCCAGGCAGGGUUUGCUCAUAAAGACUAAAGCUAACACUUCACUGAAUUUGCCCCAUGUGGUCAGAGAGGGAGGAAAACUGCCUUGGCACACCAAGGGGUCUUUCUGCCUGUUGAAUAGUCCCCAAGACCUCCAUGCAGCUCCAUGAGCUAUAAUGCAUACACUUACGGGGUAGGCACCAGCGCAAGCCCAUUGGCCCAGAGUGGACAGGAGGCUCCGCCCAGGAAGCUGUCUCACUCCUGCUGCAGUAAAGUCAGGCGGAGCUGAACCGUAGGCUCAACUACAGUUUUUGCAGCCGUGAGUAGCUCUGCCUUCUGCCUGGUGAAUUCUGUUCUUUCCUUUACUUUAAGCAUUGUAGCACUGACGGUAGAUUUGGAGGCCCUGUCCCAUGGCUCUUCCUCAUCAGAUACGGAGACACUGGUGCUGGACGUCUCCUGGCAGCACCAGAGAAGUCUCCAUUGCCUGCUUUAUGGUAUUUCCUGGUUAAUCGGAGGGGUAAUGCUUACAUUCGUUCCCGCUCUUAGUAUCUGUGGUCAGUUACCUCAUGAUGUAGCGUUGUACUUGGUUCCCUGUCAAAAAAAAAAAAAAAAAAAAAAAAAGAAAUCAGUGUUCUGCCCUAUAACACAAGCCUGGAAGCAGGCAGUGAGCAGCCUGAGGUCGGAUCCCCUAGACAUGUUUUCCCUCCCCCCACCCCACCCCUGCCCCCUUUUUACUAGGCACUUUAAACCUGGAGGAGCAGUAAUUCUUCUGGGGCUACUGCAAGGUGAUUACUUGAAAGAGUCACUUAAAAGGCUGUGUUUUCCUGUAGCAGUGAAGUACAUAUGCACACAGCCCUGCUGUGCAGAACAGAGGGCUUAGUCUCCGUCCUCGUUAGGAUCAGAGAAGAGAGGGCCUGUCUGAUUUGACACAGUUUGCGACUGAGACGCCUGAGGCUGCUGUUAUGCUUCUCAAAGGUACUGUUGUUUCUUAGGAGUUUUCCUUUUUACUGGCUCCUUACUACAUUCUCUCCCCUUCAGUUCUGAUAGACCAGAUGUCAGAAUGAAGCAAAUGUGUUCCAGGUUCAAGACCGAGGUUGACCCAACUACCUCGAAUCACAUUCUGCUUAAAAUCAUGACUGGAGUGAUUUGUCAUACAUGACAGGGGACUGUCCUUCUCUUCCCCCUGUGUAUCUGUUCUCCACACCAUCAGUAACGUCCCCAGUGCCCCCACCUCUGGUUUCCCCUGGUCCCCAAGUCAGGUUGAAGUUGCUAAGGGAGCUCUGCCAUUGGAUACCCUCUCCCAGGAGUUAGCUCUCAGAGUAACAGCCAUUUCUCACGUCAUAGUUGGAGCUGGCCUACUUAAAUGGAAGACUUGGGUAGUCAAUAGUAGUCAAAAGAACCCUGUGCUCUUUGCAGAGCCUGACCCUCUCCUCAGCCUUGUGCUCCCCUCAGAGCACUCACCCUCAGAUCCAAGCCUCUCCUUAAGAGACCCAGCCUUCCCUUCAGAGCCCCGUGCUCCACUCAGAGCCCUACGAUCCCCCCACAGGCCUGAGCUCCCCUUGGAGGCCUGCAUGCUUAGACUAACUAGAGAACAAAUUGUACUAGACAUUAAAUUUGUAUGCUGAUGCCUUUCACAGUUGGCCCAGAGACUUGAACAUGGCAGAGCUUCUCCUCAGGUGGCAAUGUAUGGCAGCAUUUGAACCCUGCUGAGCCCAUGAUUUCGGUGAGCAGCACCCAAGAGAACAAGUCCUCCCUUCCUGCGUUGGCCCCAGACCCAUGGUUUCAGUUGUUCCUAGGAAAUUACCUGGGACUUGAACAGAUCCAAAGGUCAGGUGCAUGGGCUCUGGAUUGGGGAACCCAGGGUUGCAGACUUGUGUCCCUGUCUUCUGGUCUCAAGGCUCAGUUCAGUUUGUCUUUGGAGGGAGGGCGGGCAGUAUGGGUUUUAGCUUCUGUGUGGGUUUUAGCCUCUCUGUGCUCUAAAGAAAGGGUGGACUGCGGAGCCUGGCUGUGUUGUUACCCAUCAGUAGUGCAGUUGCCUUGUUGGUCAUGUCUGCUGUCCACGCAGACAGUGGGCAUGUGAGGCACUGGGCCAGCAGGGCACUGGUUGGGAACUGAGGAUCCCAGGCUCCUGUCACUGCCCGCCCUAGUGUCCGCCACCAUCUUAGAAAGCAGCCGACAUCUGUUGUGCUUAGAAAAUCUUUUUCCUUUUGGACACACACCACACAUCCCACCUCUCAUCUCUGAUGUUAGAGUAUCAGAAAUACCCCCAAGACUUGUGUUUAGGGUGUUCGAGGGUUACAGUCAGGCCAAGCAUGGUGGCGCACACCUUUAGACCCAGCGAUGGGAGACGGGGACGGGCAGGUGGAGCUCUGUGGGUUUGAGGCCAGCCUGGUCUACAUAGCAAGCGCCAGGACAACUAGGACUACAUAGAGAAACCCUGUCUCAAAAAAUCAAAAGCAAACACAAAGAAUGUGGUCAUGUCCUCUUUUAAGAGCUUGCCUGACAAAGUCCUCUAAGGAUCUUUAAAGUCCUUUACCAAGGUGGAACCUUCCCUUUUCACCAGAAUAUCAAAUUUGUCAUAUACGUUGACCAAGUAAACCGUGUAUUUUCUGUAUUGCUGAUCGAGACCUUAGACUUAAGCUACUACAGCUGCUGCUGCUCUUUCUUUCCUCCUCCUCCUCCUCCUCCUCUUCUUCCUCCUCCUCUUCCUCCUCCUCCUCUGCCUCCUCUUCCUCGUCCUCCUCCUCUUCCUCCUCCUCUUCUUCCUCCUCCUCCUCUUCCUCCUCCUCCUCCUCCUCUUCCUCCUCCUCCUCCUCCUGCUUCUGUUUGGAUCUUGUGUAUGGAAACUGCUACCCUCUGUGUCCAUGUGGUGAAGCACGCUUCCAGUCUGAGGUUCUGGGCAGGUAUGCAUUGUGAGGCUUGAGCACCCUGGAGCCAUCUGGUCUCUGAGCAGGUGAGCAGGCCCUUAUAAAGGUCUUUCGGUGAGCAUAUGAAGGAGCAUUUCAGACCAGUAGGCAGAACUACAGAAUUUCAUUGUCUUGUUUAUUUAUGUUGUGCAUUUUUUUUCUUGAGUUUUUUGAGACAAGGUCUUAAGCCUUCUGCCUCUGUUCCCAUCAGGUGGAGUGAUGUUAGGGUAACAGGGUGCCUUCCGCAGUCCUGACUGAUUGUGUCUGCCAACACUACCAGGGGACCCGCUGUGCUCAGGGCAGCCCAUGUGCUGCUCUGCCCACAUCCAGAGCUCUCGCAAGCUAGGGGCCCUGGGGACUGUUUAUUUAGUAAAGAGGAGUCGUUCCGUGACUCUUGUGAGGUAAUCCUAUGUCCCGUCUAGACUUUGCCUUCUGCCCUCCACUGUUAUCAUCACUUUGGUCCCUUGACUGUGGCCCCUGGCCACCAGCCAUCACAGCAGUCCCUUCCCCAGGUGCUCGUGUCCGACUUUCCCUAACAGUCUUUUAUUUCCAGAGAUUUCUUUAAGCCAUAAUGCCCACCAGGAGCAUCAUGUUUGGCUGACACACAUUUUGUUUUAAGCUUGUUGCUGCCUAUUCUGCCUUAAGCUGGGAAGUGACACUCAUGUCCCGAGCUGGGCUGCCUGCCCAGGAAGGUGCUUGGCAAGCUCAGCCAACUUCCCCUGGGAGCCAGCAUGGUUCUUUGUUACCUCUUGUGAAACAUUUCUAGGGAACCCAUUUUGUUCCUAUUCUAUCCCUUCUGGGGAAAGCAUGCCACAGAGCCCCUCAGCACUGGGGUAGGAAGUGAGCUGUUCACUUCAUCCCUGCCUAGAAAUGGGAAGGAACUGGGUGCUCAUGAGAGAGCAGCCCGGCUGGUGAGAACAGCUCCCCUCCCCAUCCUCAGGCUGUUCUCCUGGCCCCUGCCUGAUCCUGGGAGGAGACUGAGAACAAGGUCCUUCCCACAGCCCUCUGGAGGGAGGGAUCUGGAUCCAUUCAUCAGAGCAUCCUCUUAUAGUCUACUGGCUUUCAAGCCCCCACCCUUCUCCUGACCUGGCUUUCUAGUUGCUUGAACUGUGUCAAAGAAUCAAGGAGGGUGGGGGGAGGGCAAGAUGGCUUAACAGUUAAAGCUUGGUAACCCGAGCUUAAUUCCCAGAAUCCAUGUGGUAGAAAGAGAAAACUGAUUCCCACAAGUUGUCCUCUGGCCUACACACACACACUCACAUACACCAUUAUUACUAAGUAAAUGUAAAAGGAAAAUUAAGCCAAGUGGUGGUGGCGCAUGCCUUUAAUCCCAGUACUCUGGAGGCAGAGACAGGCAGAUCUCUGAGUUCGAGGCCAGCCUAAUCUACAAAGUGAGCUCCAGGACAGGCAGGGCCACACAGGGAAACUUUGUCUCAAAAACACAAAGAGAGAAAACUGGAAAAAGGAAGGAGAGAGCUGUAACUCUGCUCCCUGGACCAGGCACGGGAGCAGCAGCCUACCCAGAACGUGCCUUCUCAGCCCCUGACCAUCCCUGCGCUGGCAGCUCCCACCAAGCCAGCCCUGGCAGCAAGACAAACACCUGCCUCCCAGCAGCUUCUGGGUCAGCACCCAGCAUAGCCAAACCCAUCUCCAGCCUGGAGCAACUGGGGACUAGGAGGAGCCUUCCACCUCCCCUGAGGCCACCAUAGACUCCCAGAGUCAGGGGCCAGCACCAGGCCACAUGUACUACCUCAGCAUCUAGCAUCUGUCUCAGCACUGUGUGGUCCAGAUUGUCCAUCAAGAUGUGCUAGAGUGGGGUCAGACGCCUCACACAGGCGGGUUGACACCCUCCCUCUCCGCACUGGCCCCUCAGCUCGCUGUGGGAUUCCUUCCUGCAUCCCAUGGCGUGCUCCAGUGAGCAAGCCAGGCUUCUGUCUCCUCCUGCCUUGUUUAGCUCUGACUUCAAAUACACCAUGAACCCCCAAACUGUGAGUAGAGUCAGAAGUGGGAAUAGCUUGUUUGCAGUGAGAAAGGGACCACUUUUUUAUAUUUUCAUCGCAAGGGUUUUUGCUUCAAGAGAAACUCUAGAAACUGUAUGUGAUGCUGAUGACCAGGGCCAUGAGGACUGUGGGGAUACCUAGAAUAACUCACAGAACUUGACUGCAGGCUGUGUAAAGACAACAGUAACCGAGUGUAGGGCUGGAGAGGCAGCUCAGCUCAAGCUGCCUAGAACUCUAGCUCCAGGGGAUCCGAUACCCUCCUUCUGACCUCCUCAAGCGUGCAUACACACAAAUAAAAACAGGUAAAUAAUAAUUUGGAAACUGGUACCCAGGGCAAAAGUAUCCUCAAACUUAAAAAAAACACAACUAAGCCUUCACUCUGUCAUGUAACAACUUCUUCUAGAUGGCACCUUAGGGUUCAGCUUCAUCACUUAGAGGUCAUCUAAAUCCUACGGGCACGAAGAACUGUAUGUUAGGAGCUACACCAAGUGGCCUUCCGUGGAGAAAGAAGUCAGGCAUGGUGGUGAAUAAACACCUUUAAUCCCAGCACUCCGAAGGCAGAGCCAGGCAGAUCUCUUGAGUCCAGGCUAGCCUGGUCUACAGAGCAAGUUCCAGGACAGACAGGGCCACACGGAAACCCUGUCUUUCAAAAAAAAGAAAAGAAAAGAAAGCACGAGCUGCCUGUCUCUUAAUUCAGCAGCCAGUGACUUCUGCCCGUGGGGUCCUUCCGUCUGGAACCCACUUGACAGCCAGUUUCCAUUUAGAUCAUCCUCCCGAAAACUUCCAUGUCAGCAGUGGCACAUGGUAACGCUUCCUUUGACCGUGGUGUCCCAUUUGUAAAUUAUGACAGCCAUAAACAAAGAUGGUGGCUUCAGUGGGAGUGCCGACCACACUUCACAGUGAGUCCACAGUUCAUGCCCAGCCCCUCACCCCCGACCCCCAGCCUAGAUCGCCCCACCCUUGCCAUUCGUCAGUAUCCAGGCUGCAGAUGCAGCCCAGGCAGAACUCUGCAGCAGUCAGAAUGAGAUCCACCCACGGUGCACAAUGAACACAGUGAUUUGCUGGUCUCCUGUCCCUAGUGUCUGCUGCUAGGAGAGGAAACCAACAAACCCAUUGAAAAGAGAAUGUAAACUGAGUUAAAUAAGAUUGCCCAUCCCUGGGGCUGGGGAUUUAGCUCAGUGGUAGAGCGCUUGCCUAGCAAACGCAAGGCCCUGGGUUCAGUCCCCAGCUCCGAAAAAAAGAAAAAGGAAAAAAAAAAAAAAAAGAUUGCCCAUCCCUGGGCUGGGGACCACCCUUCCCAGGGCCCUGCUUCUGUAGAGAGGCCCGAGAGUACUCCUACUGUGUGUACUGUGCUGAUAGUAAUCAUCCUUGCAAAGAGCUGGCUCCUAGCACAUUGCUGGCUUACCCUGUGAUGCUUCUACCAUAAGGACAACUCCAUAAAAACCGUAUAAAUACCGGGCUUCAGAAAUACCGUACCAAGCUGGGCAGUGGGCAGUGGUGGCGCACACCUUUGAUCCUAGCACCCAGGAGGCAGAGACAGGCAGAUCUCUGUGAGUUCAAGGCCAGCCUGGUCUACAGAGCUAGUCCUAGGACAGCCAGGACCUCACAAACACUGUCUGGAGGAAAAAAGUAGGUAAAUAAGUAGAAUCUGUCAAAACAAAUCUGUCUCAUUAACAUAUCUGUAUUCCAUGGCAUGGUACCCGUGGAACAGCUCUUCACUUAAACCCUGCAGCUCUCACUAUUCAGUGUUGUUCCCAGACAGAAGACAGCUGUGCUCAGGUGAGGCUGAGUGUGGAAAAGCUGAGCGCCCUUUGCACAGUGCUCUUGCUGGAAAACUGGCGUUCGCAACGGGCGCACAUAAACAGAAUGAAAACCAUUGUCUAAAUAGUGUAAAAUAUUUGAGGGACCAGAAGGUCACAAAGUACAAAACUGUCCAGAGAAUUUCCUCCCACUGUCCCUGUCUCCUGCCUUGUGGGCCAAACGUAUCCGUUGGGUGGAGUGACCGAUUUUCUAUUCCUUUGCUGGUGUCUACUAUAGCAAAGUCAGAAAUCAUUUUUUUAACUUGUAAUGUUUCUUACAAAGUUAUUUUAUGGUUUACAAGCAACACCGAUGCAGAAGGGUGUGUUGAUUUCCGUAAGUGGCUGCAUUUUGUUUACAGGACUUGGGUAUUGUGGCUGACUGGGGUCCGGUCCUCAGCUCUAGCACUAGACCUGGGUCCUGGGGAAAUGUGGUCAUUGUGCUGUUCCCUCGUACCCAGGAUCAGUGAAAGUGUUUUCUCUUUUUACGUAGUUUGUAUGGACUGGGUUUUAUAAUGGUAAGAAAACAGAGUGUUGUAUUUUGAGCUGAAAUUUGUGUACGGUCAAGUAAUUCUGUUUUAUGUAUUGGAAGUGCGUUUACAACUUGAACUAUUUUCUAGAAGAGUGUUGGACAAAGUGAAUUGUCUUCAAGCUGUUUCAUUAACUAAUAAAAUCAUUUGAUGGGGAA